GCAUCACUCGGCGCGCCUUUUCAAGGCCGCCUUCUGCGGGCCUCCGGCGUGUUGGUCGUUUUAUCCCAUGAGCACUUUCACUUUGCUUCGCCAAACGACGCGCUUCCUUUCACGUGCUCCAUAACGCACAAAUCUGAUUUCCUUCGAGUGCCGCCUGUCGCAAGCAGCCGCUUCUUCCAACGUGGAUGGGCGAUGCAGAUUGACUUCCUCUAAACCGAGCUCGUUCAAAAGUAUAGUUUUGUCACAGUGGUUGGGGUGACGCUAAAAGGAGCCAGCGAAAGGACUCCUCGCAAGCCCCAUGCAAGUGCCACGCAUCGCUGCUCGGGCAGGCAGUGAGGAGAAGCAGCCAGCGGGCCUCGUGCUGUGGCUCCAGGCGCUCGUGGCCGAGCUCUUGCUGUUCGCGAAGAUCGUCCUGCUCGCCUUCGAACAUGUGUGGGAGAAGCCCGCCGUGUGCCGCUCGCAGGCCUCCAUGGAGGGAAGCACGGUCGUCGUCACGGGGGCCACUUCGGGUGUCGGCAAGGAGACAGCCUUGGAACUGGCUCGCAGAGGAGCGAGAGUGGUCAUCGGCUGCCGAAACCUCCAAAAGGCACGGCUCGUGGCGCAGGAGAUAUUCGACCGCACUCAACAGCGAGUGAUCGUUAAACACCUGGACAUGAAUUCGCUCAAGUCGGUCCGGCAUUUCUGCGACGACGUCAUCAAGACAGAGGAUAGGCUGGACGUGCUUAUCAACAACGCUGGGGCUAUCGGACAUUCAAAAAAGGUUAAACUCACCGAAGAUGGCUUUGAAGAAAUCUUCCAGGCAAAUUAUUUGGCUCCUUUGCUACUCACAGUGCUUCUUCUUGACUUGCUCAAGAAGAGCUCGCCGAGCCGGGUGAUCAACGUCGCCUCCGACUUCCACCGGCUGGGCGAAGUGGGCAACGUGGCGGACAAGGCACGGGGCGUCAACUCGGUCGCCAACCCGACGGCCGUCUACGGGAACGCCAAGCUGGCGCUGUGCAUGGUCACCGUCGCGCUGGCCGACAGGCUUCGAGGCACCGGUGUGACGGUCAACUCCCUUCAUCCUGGUGCCGUCAAGACACACAUCGUCGAUGAGGGGCCGGGCGUCCGCAAGUUCCUCUUCGAGCUGAUCCUCGGCAUCAAGGGCAAGGAUAACGAAUGGCUACCUGAACACUGCUUGAAGCGGCGAGCUCUACAUAGAAAGGAGCACUUACGCUCCUUUCCAUGGUUUGGCAAAAGGAACCGUGGCACGCAGCUCUACAGGCACUUGUGCUCUUCGCUACCAUCGGAGGACGUGCAUUGGUAGGCUUACCCGUCUUUGUGGAUCGCAUUUCGUGCACUUGAGGAGAAGAUGACGCACAUCUUCGUCUCGAUGGCCACAAGAACACUGCGGACUAGAGGCACGUUUUAUCCUGUGCAAGAAGUGUUUCGUAAAUGCAGUACCAAGACGCAGGCGGUGUACCAAUGUUUCAAAUUUUUUGUUGUCUCUCAGAUUUCCCGGCAUAGAUAAGUUUAUACAAGGAUCUAUAAAGUAUAACGCCGAGUUUUUAGUUUGCUGAUCAAACCAGGUAGUUUUGCUGAUGCUACAAGAAAUCUGUCUCAGGAGCAGACGGACUUUACUACACAAUAGGGGAACAUUGGUCGUCUCCGCGUUAUUGUGCGCCCGAUUCGCAGCUGCAUCCGCUGCAGUAUUACCAGGAAUAUUGCAGUGCCCAGGUAUCCACUGGGAUGCAAUUACGUGGUUCCUUGCGCUUCCUUUCGUAAGUUCUUUGAGUGUCUCAUACAAUAGCAAAGUGUUCAAAGAAUUUUUCUUAUUUCUCUGUAGUAAUGUGACAGGCUUGCGAAUCGCUAAAGAUAAACCAUUUUUGCGAAUGUUUUUCUGAUGUUAUGAAACGCAAAGCACACAGGAUUGCAAACAGUUCUGCUACGGUGGAAGAUGUGUCUCGGGAUAACUUAAAUGUUUGCUCUAGCGCUAAAUGUGGAAUGACGAAUGCUGAAGUCGAGGAAUUUUUAUGACACGAACCAUCUGUAUAAACGUGGAUGUACUGGGGAUAUAAGCAGUAAAUUUGGAAGAGUGCCAGUCGUUGUGCGGCUACUAUGAACAUGUCUCUCUUAGAUAUAAUCCCGUCAACUGAUAAUUCUAUUUUAGGACAUGUUAACAUCCAGGGAGGGUAACAAACAUCCACUUUGCAUAAUUCAAAUCUUGGUAAUAAUGCUUUAUGUUCUCGAACAACAUCGUGAAUUUUGCUUCUGUUUCUUUCGGUAAGCGCGAGGUUUAAUGGAUGCUUCUCGUGUUGGGUUAAGAGGCGAUAAAUAUGUCGGCAUGUUUCAACUGUUCGUAUGACUGGAAAUGGUGGGUGGCGAGCUUCAGCAAUUACUAAAGAAUUCGAGGUAGCCUGCGGAACCCCAAGACAAACUCGCAGCCCUCUUGCCAGCAAACGUUGAAGACGUUCCUCAGAAGUUUGCGAUAAACCAUGGAGAAUAGGUGCCGAGUAAGCAAUUUUUUCUUUUAUGAGUGCGUUAUGAACUUGUAGUAGUGACGAGACUGAUCCCCCCCCCCCCCACUUUGUGCCAGCGAGUCAUCUAAGUACGUUUAUUACUGCAUUGGUCUGCUUUUCAAUUGCGCGUAAUUGUGAAGCCCAUGUUAGCUGGCGGUCAAGAAUAACUCCAAGAAAUUUAUGCUCUUUCCCAAUCAUCAAAGUCUGCCCAUUAAGCGUGAGUUGGAAAUUAUUCAGCUGUCGUCUAGUGAAAGGAAGUACGGCUGUCUUUGCGUAUGAAAGACUCAUGCCUCUUUCUUUCAAAAGGGUGUCGAUACUAUCAAGACCCUCUUGCAGCGUUGUUUGAAUGUCUUUUAUAUGAGAUUCAGAGGCCCAUAUGCAGAUGUCAUCUGCGUGCAGAGAAUAUUGUAGACCAGACGGGAGUUUCUGUGGCAAGGCUGCCAUGACACAGCUGAAUAAAAACGGACUGAGAACACUGCCCUGCGGAAUGCCCUGCGUGAUCCUGUGAUAAUUACUCUCUCCUUCGACUGUUUCCAUAAAUAUUUUUCUAUCUUUCAAGAAAUUUGAUACCCAUCGCAGUGUUCGACCGUGUAGGCCAAGCUCUAACAUACCAGCAAGGAUGUGUAUGUGACUUACAGUCUCGAAUGCUCUUUGAAUGUCUAAAAAUACCGCUACUGUCACUGCUAAUGUCUAAAAGCGAAUCCAUCAUACACCAAUUUUGUCGAAAACCAGUCAUGUAGUUGGAAAACACAUUUGUGUGUUCACAUCACCAUUGCAGUCGACGGUCUAUCAUCUUCUCCAUUAGUUUGGAAAAACAGCUUGUGAGACUGACGGGUCGGUAGGAGUCAAGACAAACGGGAGUCUUUCCUGGUUUUAGUACUGGAAUCACCCGGGCUAAUUUCCAUGAAUCUGGAAGAGCCUCUCUUAUCCAGAUAUCAUUGAAUAUCUACUAAAGAGCAACUCUUUCUACUGGACCUAGGUUUUUUAACAUCAUAUACGUGACACCAUCUGGGCCUGCGGUUGUCUUUAUACGGCAUGGCGAAAGAUCACAUUUCAAUUCAUUUAAAGUAAACUCACAGUCAAGUUGAGGAUGUUGUGACAUAAAGCACGCACGAACUUUCUGUUCGGCUAGGGUUGUCGAACUUGUAAAUUGUAGGCAAGUAAACAGAAUUCCUGGUCUGGAUAUAAGUUGACAGAAUUCGUCAGCAACACAUGUUUCCAUAGUACUUCGAGCUACCAAGGGCUCGGAAGGGAUGGCUCUGGGUAACUGGACAACUAAAAGAUCGGACAACUGACCAUAUUCUGGGAACUGGAGUAAACGGAGACAACGACGCGCAGUAUUCUCGCCACCUUCUCGUACCUAAUUUUUGUAAGCGUCUGCGCGAAGUUGACCGAACUUUCUGUGCCAUCUUGUAGUCAUCCAGCUUUCCACUGCGGCGGUAAGCCCUUUCUGCGCGUCUUCUAAUUGCUCUUAGACAUUCAUAUUCCCCGUGGACUGCAACGUAUUGA